CAAAAGGGAAUUCUCCGUGAUCUGUUUUUGAUGGCCGUCGGUUCGUCCAGUUCGGAUACUUCAGAACCACCGUCUUCGGUGGUCAACACUGUUCGAUGUGUUCCAGUUACUGCAACAAAUUUGACUCUUCAUUCAAACGGAAUCCGCAACGAGGUGCUCGCUGCUGCAGCUGUUGUGCUCAAAGUAUCCGAUGACGAUGUUGCACUCAGACCGAAUGAGGAUAAACAGCUGACUGAUACAAAUGGGCCGGUUGUUUCUACAUCAAAAUCGAAUGCUGAAUUGCUCCCUUUCGAAUGUGAAGUUUGCGGGAAACGGCUCGAACGGGCUAGAACAUUGAUGUUGCAUAAACGUGCUGUUCACGAAGGGUACCGCCCAUUCGCUUGCGAGUUUUGCGACUUUCGGUUCACACAGAAGGGUCAUUUAAAGCAGCAUAUUGAGGCGGUUCAUAAAGAUGAGAAAACAUGUGAUUGCUCCGUGUGCGGAGCACCGUUCCGAACCGAAGCAGAAUUGGCCAAUCAUAGAUUGAGUACACAUGAAUUGAAACGUCUCUUCCACUGUGAUUUAUGCGAUAAGAAUUUCACACAAGCCAACAAACUACUGAUUCACAAGUCGACUGUUCACGAGGGUAAACGACCAUUCGUGUGUGAUGUCUGUGGUUCAACGUUUACCCAACUGGUUCACUUGAAAUUGCACAAAGAGACCAUUCACGAAGGUUAG